CUGCGGGGCGGACACAAAGCCGUAUAAACGGGUUUGAUGGUCUGUGUUCAUCCUCCGCCGUGUAGACUUGAACUCGGACUUGUGGCGCGACGUCGACGUUUAGCGGUGCGGUUUACCCAUUGAACCAAACGUGAAGGAUUUAACUUGGAAAAAAACCUCCUGGGUGUAUUUGUUAUGCUGUCUGACUAAUUUAGUGAAAGACAUUGAAGGUGUCUUGAGUUUCCCAAGAUGAGCACUGGUUGGGGUUUGUUUUGGUCAUAACGAGCAAAUCAUCUUGAAAGUGCGGUGUGCUAUACCAAAGAAGAGCUGCUGUUGGUCUGGACUGGUGAAGAUGUGUCCCAGUUGGUUACGUCUGAUGCGCUAGAGCAUAUCACCUUGUCCAGAAGGAGAAUACUGUGAAGUCUGGGUGAUCUUGGAGACUAAUUUACUUUGCACUGGAUGUGUUGUUGGAGAUGAAUAGGAGUCCAGUCAUACCAAAUGUAGGAUAGUACGAGCCUGCCUUCAUCAGGACAGAAUCUUUUAAUUACAAAAGGCCUGUGCUCUGUGAUUAAGAAAACUUUUCUUGUUUGAGUUUAGGAUUUUUUUGGGUUUUUUUUUUUGUUUUUUUUUUGUUUUUGUUUUUUUUGUUUUGUUUUUUUUUUGGGGGGGGGGGCUUGUUUUUGUUUUUUGUUUUAUUUUAUUUAUUUAUUUUUCUUCUUAUUUGCACUCAACAUCACUGGCUCCUUGCCCAGUCUGAACUCUGCUGUGGACUCCUGGUUGCCCCUUUGGCACUUUUGCUACUCAUGUUUACAUACCCCUUUGAUCUGAGCCCGUUUUCUUAGCAGUGCUGCCGACCUUGCCCAGGUAUGAUUAAUCUCUGAUACCUUUCUAGUGGGUGCCCCCCCCCCUCCCCCCUCCCCAGUCAAAACUGUGCCCCUGUUGCCCCGGGAUACAGACCCCACCCCACCCCACCACCCCCCAAGUAGCACCAGCAACCACCCCAGGGUUGUGUUGCAGCCAAGUGAAGGAGAGGGAGCGCGAGCAAGAGAGCAAAGGGGUCUGGAGGGAAGAUGAGUGUCGGGGAGCUUCAGCAUCUGGACUACCUGACCGAGAAUGAGCUUAUGGGCAUGGACAUUUUCAUCCACCGCAUCGACUCCACGGAGGUGAUCUACCAGCCACGACGCAAACGCGCCAAGCUGAUCGGGAAGUACCUGAUGGGGGACCUGCUGGGUGAGGGCUCCUAUGGCAAGGUGAAGGAGAUGCUGGACUCAGAGACUCUAUGCAGGAGAGCUGUGAAGAUCCUCAAGAAAAAGAAACUAAGGAGGAUCCCCAAUGGAGAAGCCAAUGUGAAAAAGGAAAUCCAGCUGCUGAGGAGACUACAGCAUAAAAAUGUGAUUCAGUUGGUGGACGUGUUGUACAAUGAAGAGAAGCAGAAAAUGUAUAUGGUAAUGGAGUACUGUGUGUGCGGCAUGCAGGAAAUGUUGGACAGUGUGCCAGAGAAAAGAUUCCCUGUGUUUCAAGCUCACGGGUACUUCUGCCAGCUCUUGGAUGGCCUUGAAUAUUUGCACAGCCAGGGGAUCGUUCACAAAGACAUUAAACCAGGGAAUCUGCUGCUGACCACAGAUGGAGCUCUGAAGAUCUCAGACCUGGGCGUAGCAGAGGCUCUCCACCCGUUUGCGGAGGACGACACAUGCCGGACGAGUCAGGGCUCGCCUGCGUUCCAGCCGCCGGAGAUCGCCAAUGGGCUUGACACGUUUUCAGGGUUUAAAGUGGACAUCUGGUCCGCGGGGGUUACGCUAUACAACAUAACUACAAGCCUGUACCCGUUCGAGGGCGAUAACAUCUAUAAGCUAUUCGAAAACAUCGGCAAGGGAGAUUACACUAUUCCGGAGGAGUGCGGUCCCUUGCUGUCUGAUCUGUUAAGAGGGAUGCUUGAAUACGAUCCUGUGAAGAGAUUCUCAAUACAGCAAAUUAGGCAGCACAAUUGGGUAAGGAAGAAACAUCCUGCCUCUGAGCUGCCUGUGCCCAUCCCCCCCAGCGCCGAGACCCGUGACAUCUGGCGCAGCAUGACCGUGGUGCCCUACCUGGAGGACCUCCACGGCUACGGCGAGGAAGAGGAUGACGAGCUGUUUGAUGGCGAGGACGAGAUCAUCUACACUCAGGACUUCACAGUGCCAGGGCAAGUGGGCAUGGAGGAAGAGGAUUUAGAAGAGGAAGAGGAGGAAGAGCGCGGUCCGGAGCAGAGCCGUGCCGCGCCAAAGCCGCAGCUGUGCGUGAACGGGACGGAGGCGGGCACUCUGAAGUCCAGGGCAGAGCGUCGCUCCAGCUCCUCCUCCAACCCCUCCCGCAAGGGCGUGUCCAGCUCCUCCUCCAACCCCUCCCGCAAGGGCGUGUCUGCAGCUAGCAAGAUCCGCAAACUCUCCACCUGCAAGCAGCAAUGACCUCAUCCCCUCUCCCUCUGCCUCCCGCACCUGCGUCUCGCUCUGUACAGGUUUGUUGUUUUUUGCUCUCUCCUGUUUUGGAUUUCCAGACAUGAACACGAACCACAGCUCCUGACAUACAUUUUGCCAUGGACUAUGAACCCUAACGGAAACGAUGCCAGGAAGCGUGGAUAUAUUAUUUUUUCCCCUGGAAAGGACUGACUGGGUUGGGAAUGCUGUGAGCAGGAGGGAACUCCUGUUUUUUGGUUUAGGUUUUUUUUUUUGUUUUUGUUUUUUUACCCCCCCAUUUUUAUCCUCUACUUUCUCUUCCUCUCAUGCACUGUGAGCCUAUCACUCCAUUUAUUCUUCUGCAUUCUCUCUCUCUCUCUCACCCCACCCUUUUGUCACAGAUCAUCACCUGAAGAGGCGGGGCUGGUUUUCUGCUCCUCCCCCUUGUGCCAGAAUGUUGUUGCCCCACAGAUCUGACAUUUAGUUUUAGCGGAUCUUUAAUUUUAUAGUAACUGCAGUUCAAGAUUCACAUUUGAGGUAUGUAAAAGAAUAAUGAACAAGACAUCAGUUACUAUAUUGGAGUUGCCUCUGGUGAGAAUGCUAAUGAUAAUUAUAUACCCAUAUGACAAAAAAAAUGCAUGUUGUGAAGAGCUUUGGGGGAAGGGGGGGGGGUUGAUCUGUGCAAGACAAACGCACCGACACCUGCUCUAGCAGGAUGUCUUGGGUCUUUUUUUUUUCCGUUAGCUUUGUUUUUCGUUAGUUUUCUUUUUUUUUUUUUCCCCAAUAAAUGUUUUUAAUUAUUAUUUAUAUAAAACACAUCCCAACCAAACCAAAGUUGGUGAUCCUGUGUGUUUGUUCACCUCUGGAAGAGGGAUUUCCAUUUCUGAGCUCGUCCCAGCGAGGGGUGACUGAUUAAACCGCAUCCCACGUUAGACGUGAACGCGGGCUGAAUUCUCUCCCCGUCCUUCGCUGUUCUCAGAACAGUAUGAGCCACAAGAAAAGACUCCAGAACUGCCCUUGUACGUGCUGUUUGUGCAUAAACGCUACCGGAGCAGG